AUGGGCGAUAACAGUCUUCCGGGCGAUAGCAUCGAAGCUGCAGAUUUCGCUGGGCUAACGCUAAGCGAGCCGGGGAUGACUCGAGAGAGAAAACACGCUGACAUCCAGCUCGAGGACCCUGUGUGCCAUGGAAUGGAGGAGGUUCCGGGUGCGACAGAGAAACGAUCAAGGGUUUUGGCUUAUCUUCGCAAUCUGGGAUCGAAAUGGGAAGAUAGCGGCAAAGAGGACUUAGACUCGUACUUGCUCGACUCGGAGGAACCACCCGAUAGAGAGAGGGAUCCGGAAGGUCUGGUCGACUCAGGGUCAUCCUCGAAAGGCGCUGUAACGGAAGAAGCUCCCUCUGUUGAAGAGUGUUUGCACGCACACCGAUCGCAGCCUCCCAUCGCAGAAGGAGAGGACGGGGAGAACGAGAAGAAAAAACGAAAACAAAGCGAAGGGUGGUGGGGAACGCCAUCGGGUCCGGUUGCGAAAAUCAACGAGCGGGCAGUCGCUUUGUUCUGGAAGAUCAUGGACGCUGCGAGCUGGAGGAACCUGCAUUGGCUGCCUCAUCAGGUUCUGGUUUACGAGGUCAGGGUUAGGGAAGGGUAUGGUAUGCGAUGGUCGCAGGACCAUGGCAGCCCUGAUGCAAAGGACAGUCCUCUUUGGGUCUUUCGAGGAUUCGUGGAACCAAUGAUGGAGAAUGGCCAUGAACUUGGUUGGAAGCACGCAGAGUAG